AUGCCUCGUCUGGAUGAAGGUCAUCUUCACUUUAGUGGGCCCAAAGAUCGACCAGACAAGUCGCGGGUCACCCUGAACCAGUCAUUGAAACGUAUCGUGAAUGAAUUAUUGCAAGAUAUUGAUCACAACAGCAAGUGGAGACUGGUACUGUGUAACUUGACUCUUAAGAACAUGCCAGUCGAAGUCAUGAGAUCGACACUCAGUCCACACGUUGACCACGAGUACACUACCCAGUGUCACUGCACUUGUCACAAGCCGCCCUUGCUGCCUCCAGACUUUGCCUUAGGAGGAAAUGGGUCGCCGCAAGUCCCCUGGUCAAGACAUAACUCUCCGAGGACCAAAGGUUCGGCCACAGUCACCUGGGAAAAUGAUGGGUCUGGAACCACGAAGGUGUGGUGGUCACGCCACACAAAGGGCAAGACGGGAGGCGCAUGGAAAAAGCCGGAAACAGUGAAAAGGAUGGGCAAGACCAGCGUAGAAACAACGACUCGCACCUACACCAAGGAUGGCAAGCGUUACGAGGAGACAGUCGUGGUCGAGACGAAGGAGGAUGAAGAUGGCAACGUCACCAAGACCACCAAGACCACCACGCGCACCCUCGACCCCUACAGCACCGGCGAGCUCUCGUCGGCCCUCGAAGGUUCCAAGACAAGUCGCGGCGGCCGGAAAUCGUCUUCUUCAAGCAGCGACUCUUCACCUGAGAGGACUAAGACUAAAACGAAGAGCGGGAAGGCGUCGGGCGACUCCCUCCUAAGCAAACUGAGGCUGAAGAAGGGUGAUAAGUCCGACGAUGACUCCAGCGACGACGAGGACUUCGUGGAGACCGUCCACAAGGCCGUCAACGAGUACAGGAAGAAACACGGAGUGAAUAAACUCAAGCUCAACAAGGAGAUGAACAAGUACGCCAAGGAAUGGGCCAAGAAGCUGGCGAAGGACGAGAAGAUGUCGCAUCGGCCGGAACAACAAGUACGGCGAGAACGUCUUCUGCCUCUAUCGUCGAACUCGAAAGACUUUCAAGGUGAGGCGUCCGCCGCGCAAAGGCGUUAG